AUGCUCUCCUUCUUACUAGGACGGCUACUGGGCAUGCGCAAUGUGCCUACCGUGGUCCUGUCCCAGGUAAACUUCACCGCCAUCCCGGAGCACCUGCUGUUCCUACUGACAGCCGCUGGGUGGCAGGACCAACACAUCGUGGGCAUGGUGGACUGGCAAGGGGACUUCAUCGAGGUGAUGUUUCCCCAUUACAUCUUGGACGAGUCGGAAACGAGGCUGGGGGUGGGGUCCAUCUCGCCCAUGAACAGGCGGAUGAGACUGAUGUCCGUUUCUGACCUGGUGGCGCUUGCGCAAUGGACAGACCUGCUGGUGUUCGACUACAUCCUUUUCAACAACGACAGACUGGUGAGAAACCUGUACCUUGCGCAGACCAACAGCACCAAGUACUUCCACGAGCCGGUGAAGAACGUGCGACGGUCGGGGAGCAACAACGGCCUCUGGUACACCAACAAUGGCGACCAACUCAUAGCCUCGUUCUCGUGGCUGGCCGGCAUUGCGCCUGCGCGUGGCGAUGUGGACUAUUCCAUUAUGAAGACCAUCCACGAGGAUCUUCUUAAAACGACCUGCCUAUUUCGUAGAGAAACUGUUUUGCAUAUCGAGAAACUUUACGCACAAAGAACCGCUGCUGAUAUACUUUUUAAAGAACUUAGAGACAAAGAACCUGUCGGAAAGUCCUUGCCGCCAUUGCCACGUGACCUUGACUUCGGACAGGUGCUCCAGAAGCGGAUCGAUGACGUCUACCUGCACUUCCAGCGCUGUCGCCAGGCGGCGGAUGUAGUGAUGUCACAGAUCAAGGAUACGUCAUCACUUGUGGUGAAGAAAGACAAGAGAGUUAAGAAGAACAGACAUGAGAAUUUGUGA